UCACAAUUCAACGCUGCUAGUUUUGUCCAAUCAGUGACGAGCUGAGCUUCACCAUCAUUUUGCUAACAACGAGCUAGCUGGACGAGCUAGCUUCACACAUUCGUAAAGAUCGUUUCUUGUUUUUUUUUGUGUGUGUGUGUUUUUACGUGAAUUUACAUCUAAAUCCAGAGGACUACACCGAAGAUGCAGUUCAUGCUGCUGUUCAGCCGCCAGGGAAAGCUGCGCCUACAAAAGUGGUACGUGCCUCUCUCUGAUAAGGAAAGGAAGAAGAUCUCCAGAGAUCUGGUUCAGACCAUCCUGGCGAGGAAGCCCAAAAUGUGCAGCUUUUUGGAGUGGAGGGACCUGAAGAUUGUCUACAAGAGGUAUGCCAGCCUGUAUUUCUGCUGUGCAGUUGAGGAUCAGGACAACGAGUUGAUCACCCUGGAGAUCAUCCACAGAUAUGUGGAGUUGUUGGACAAAUAUUUUGGCAGCGUGUGUGAGCUGGAUAUCAUCUUCAACUUUGAGAAGGCCUACUUUAUCCUUGACGAGUUCCUGCUGGGUGGAGAGGCCCAGGAAACCUCCAAGAAGAAUGUUCUGAAAGCCAUCGAGCAGGCAGACCUGCUGCAGGAGGAGGCGGAGGCCCCACGGAGUGUUUUAGAAGAAAUCGGGCUGACAUAGGCUUAACGUGGCCUGAACCAGCGCUGGCCCAUCUUCUUCUCUCCCGUUUACUGUCAGUGUUGUACUCGUUAUGUAUGUGUAAUCAACAUGUCUGUGCUGUAUUCUUCUCAACUGCGCUUUCUUGUAACGUCCCGUGACUGUGGUCGGUGCCAAGAGUGGUUCAAUUAUGCGUCUCCAUUGCAGCAGCUUCCAUUGUCAAGUCGUCUUAUGUGCAACAUCUGCGAGACCAAUGUAGCAACAUGAACAUCGCCUCGGUAUCAAAUAGUGUUCAAUCAAUCAUCCCUUCCUGUUGUGGUUCUGCUGCUACAUCUGAAAAAAGGAUUUUCAAAUAAUUCAGCUUUUAGUACAUUCAGUUGUUUUCAUUCUUGACGUUUUUUAAGUGUUGUGGAAACUUACGAACGUACACGUUUAAAUAACAUCGGGGGGGGUUUCGAGCUCUCCUCAGAAAAGCAGACGCGUGGCUGUCAAUUUCAUGUAAUUAUGACAAUGCAAAUCUGCCCAUACGCUGACCCAGUAGAAAACGACACACUUAGAAAUUCAGUUCAAAAUAUGUUCUUUCUGUGCAGUGUCAUGUUUGUAAACCUUAAUACAUUUUUAUUUGGGAGUCAUGUCCAGGGAGAAAUGAGUACCUACUGAAACGUGACCCAAAUCCAAAUAGUUCUAUUUUCUGUAUGACAAUGCUUUGGUUUACAUUCAAACCCUGGCAUUUAUGACCAAAGAACUGUGUUUUAUUUUACCUUCUUAAUGGUGUCUAUGGAAACCUGUUGUGACUAAAAAGGGAUCUAUUAUUGUCAGAUCUGCGGAGCAAAGUAUUUUUUCAUUUCAAUUUAAUGCAAGACACUGACAAUUGUCUACUUCUCUGUAUGCAGCAGCAAAAGUAACUAAGAAAUGUCAUAUUGCUGAAUCAGGAAGAAAAAAAAAAAUGCUACCACCUGGUGUUCAUGCAAAAAAUUCAGUAUUCAUCCAAACAAAUUAACUUGAUCUUUAAUUUCUGAAAAAGAAACCAGUUUUGUAUUCAGCAUCCUAUUGACAUUUAAAUUUGACAGUAUUUAAUAAACAUCCUCAAACUGAA